GCCACGUCCUAGACCUUUAGCCAGCCAAUCAUUAACGCCACCAAAGACUGCAUCGAAAGCUGUGUGUGGGGAAUAAAUAGCUAUACGUUCCUCAAUAGCUUUAACAAUGAUUCUCUCUUUGAAGCUCUUAGAAAACAAAAUGGCGGACGAUGAGGAUGAUGUGUUCGUUGCGGAGGAAAGAUAUGGUUCAAGUUCGGUUCAAAGGAAAUUCAAGUUCACAGAUGAAAGCAGAGAUGUUAAAAAGUACGGAGACCACAAGCCAUUCUUUGGGAGUUCCCUGAAAAUGUUUUUCAAGUCAGCAUUUCUUCCACAAGGGUACCCAGAGAGUGUGAGUAAAGACUACCUCACAUAUCAGUUCUGGGAUACUGUGCAGGCUUUCUGCUCCUCUAUUACUGGCACUCUUGCCACCCAGGCCAUGCUCAAGGGAUAUGGCGUUGGUGAUGAAUCAGCCACAGCACUUGCGGCCACUAUGACAUGGAUUCUUAGAAGUGGCACUGGAAUGGUUGGCAGUAUUCUCUUUGCCUGGAUGCAGGGGAGUAAUCUGGAUUGUAAUGCAAAAAAAUGGAGAUUAUUUGCCGAUAUUAUGAAUGAUUUGGCCAUCUUGGUUGAGUUGAUAUCACCAUACUUCAAGGCAUAUUUUACACUGCUUGCAUGUUUGUCUAGCGUCGCAAAGUCAAUAGUUGGUGUGGCUGGGGGCUCCACCCGUGCCGCUCUCACCCAGCACCAGGCAAGGCGGGACAACAUGGCCGAUGUUGCUGCUAAGGAUGGCAGCCAGGAAACACUAGUGAAUCUGAUGGCAUUACUGGCUGGACUUGUCAUUACCCCUCUUGUAACAGGACAUACCCUCUUGACAUGGGUGCUGUUUAUCAUCUUCACAUUCUUACAUCUUUACGCAAACUACUGUGCUGUGUCAUCUGUUGUCAUGGAAACGUUAAACACCACACGCCUUCAAAUUGUCACUAACGAGUUCCUCAGGACUGGUCACGUCCUAUCUCCUGAUGAGGUUGGCAAAAUGGAGCCGGUCAUAUUUGGGUCAACUACAGGCGAACGUCUCAAAAUUAACCUUGGGUCACCAUUCACAUCUGUUAUCCAAAGUAUUCAAGAUUUCCGGGCAGCACUGCCAAAUUCUAAGGAAAGCCGGUAUUUGAUGCGAGUGAACUUUAACGCAAGCACAACCUCAGGAGUAGUUAAUAUCGUUCUUCAUGAGUCCGCUGAGUCAAUAGAUUUCAUCCAGAGUUGCUUUCAAGCUGCGGUUAUCGACCAUGUCAUACGCACCCCUCUCCCGCCAGUAGAGAGCCCCUUCAAAACUCGGACUGGUGCCCGGGCUAUGGAGGCCCUCCAUAACUUUUGGUGGGAAGAAUGUCUUCAAACCGCUGACCUCACAUGGGACCUCAUCGCACAGGCACAUAACUUCACUCUCCACACAUUCCCAGACUUCCUUGCCGGCUUGGAAAGGUCUGGCUGGGUGACGUCACGCACGCACUUAGGCCCCGACGAGUGGCGUUCAGUAUGGAACGCGAGUGGAGUGGAACCAAAGAAAAAGAUUUGAAAUUGACUAUGCGGAAUUUUAAAAAAGAUCGUUAUUUAAAGGAAUAAAAUUAAUCUUGUUACGAUAUAGAUGUUUUUUUAUUUAAACACAUCAAUUAUUUUGUGGAUAAACCCGCACUAAAUGAAAUAAUGUUUUUGUUGUGUUUAUUUUUUUUCUUGCCUCAAAAAUUCAGCGGUGUUAGCUAUGUUUAAUCUUUUAUUAUCCCCGCAGCGCUUUAUUGUAGAUACUGUUUAGCGUCGGUAAAAAGGGGGUGGGGUUUGGGUAUAAGACGCAGUAGAUAAGAAUAAUGACAGUCUAGCUAACCAGUAACUAGCUAUUUUAUAUUAAAAAAAAAAACAAGCUUUGCUGCGUCUUGUUAUGUUUUGGACGCUAUACUGUUUUUUCAACAUCUUGAGGAAGCGACGCUGUCAAGAUUAGCGCUCGCAUACACUUGAGCAAUGAAAACGUGCGGUCGGCAAGGCGCCUCGGCUUUGCAUAUAACCUUUAGAUCAAAUCAAUCUUCUUAAGCUCAUCUUCGUAUUGCUUAUGAGCUCUGCUCAAUGUAAAUAAAUUAAGUCGAUUGAUCCGUCUUUAUUUGCAAUACAGAUACUUACUCAGAGCUUGAGCAGAAAUAUUUCUUGGCUUAAAUUGUUUCAUUUUCCAUAUCGGUUAGUGAAAAAUAUGCGUACGUGUCCCUGAGUACCAGCAAACAGCGUGUUAUCAACAGUGGAAGACCCGCUCGAGCUGUGUUUGAGGUAAAGCGAAACACAAGCGUGACUCUGGUCACACGACGUCACGUGAGAAUUCACGAGAUGUCACGCUAUCAACUCAGCAAAAUAUCAGACUAUGGAAAUUUUGUACUCAUGGUUAGUGCUUGUGGCUUGAGAAAGCUUCGCAUAUUAUGAAAGAGAAAGACUCUGGUCAAUUGGAAAUGUCUUUUUGGAUCACGCCUGACCGCGUCGAUUGAAACGUGUCGUUCAUAACGCGAACCCCACCUCCUAUGAAUCUUUUGUUUAUCAGGUUUAGCCAAUCAGAAGCGAGGUCGAAUAGAGUUCAAAGUUAUUUUAUUUUGAGCCAGCAUGCCUGACUGCAGUUGAAUGUGAGAAACAAGACAGACUGCUUCAAAGCAAGAAUUAAAAAGCUGGUUUAAUACUGGCUUUCGAGGCGAGAAUGGACGAGGUUUCGAGGCUGAGCGAAAAAGUCCGUCAUUUUAAUCGACCUUCCGUUACAACGACUCAAAAUUCUCCGGAGACGAAAAUAAUCAAAUCUCGUUACAAUCUUCGUGACAGAAAACCUCUAAAUUGUGGGAAAUCCACUGCAAACCUUGAUCGACUCAAAAAGAUCAAAGACAAGGAAAUGUUUGGGAACAAAGGGAGGCUUAAAAUUGUGGAUUUUAACCCAAAUGAUUUGGAAUGGAAAAUCAAAAUGAACCAUGGCAAACGCAGGGGAUCUGGUUCCGUGGAAAUCUGCACGCGACCCCGUCUAUCGAGCAUAUCGGAAGAAAAAGAGAACGGUUCUGGAUCCGAUGCUGAAGCUAGAAGAGGCAGAAGCCCGACAAAACAGCUUGAGAUUCUAAAUAAUUAUAGUAUUCAUGUACAGACAAGAACUUGCUCGUGUAUAAAUAUAGACAAAGGGAAAAAAAACAAACAACCGAACGUGAUUCGCGCUCCCUGCCAGCGAAAUAGAUAUUUCCCUGAAGAAACUGCAAUUCUGAAUAUGAAUAUAGAAUCGAAUACAGAACAUCUAGAAAGCCUACACUUUAAAAAUACAGACACAGAGCUAGAAUUUGAGGAAACAGCACAGCGUACUUUUACACGAUUCCCUUUCCCACCUCAACACCAGUACGAAAGGGAAAGAGCAACAAGCCUUCAAACCAGUGGGAAUGAAACGGAAAGUGAACGAAUGGAAGAAAAUGAACCUAUGUCUCCUUUAAAUAGUCCAUUAUACGAUAUGCCGCCCCCUUCGACGAGAGCAGAGAAAGAAGCUCGAAGAUCAAAACGAAGAUUACAGUUAGAACAGUGGAAACGUCGAGAAGAAAGACUUGCGCGCUCCGAAAGACUACGGAGACGACGAGACCCCACAAGUUAUUCGAUAACUAUAGAGAAAUCCACGAAGGUUCAUUGGAGGACCGAAAUAGACGACAUUUAUUAUUUUGACACGGAUAGUGGAAGCGAGGAGUGUUUAUCGCCUUUCUUUAGCAGAGAUCUGGUGGUUCUAGGCACAUGAAUAUGAUUUCUGGCAUUUUAUUUACAUUUGAAUGAAAUAGUCUUUAGCACCUUGUGAUUUAUGAUUGACAUGUCUGGAAAACGACCUGUCAAAUACAAACAAAUAGCUUUUUGGGUUGGAAGUAUUUGGGUUGAGUUUACCAAAAUUGUCUAGAGUUCUGGAGGUUUAAUGAGAGAGAUUAAUCAGAGAAAUACAGGGCCUUUUGGAAGUUGAUUUGAUCAGUUGCCAGCGACAGCAUCAAGCUUUUGCCAGAAUAGAAAUGUUGAUUUGUGUUAAAAUAUUGGAUAAUGAUAAUUGUCUGGAUUCCACAUAAAAAUUGCUCCAGGGGACACCAUGUCAAAUCAACUUUUGUCCCGGAAAUAGAAGGUUGACUGUUUAUGUUUAGAUAGCAUACAAUGACAUUUUUAAAAAUAAAUUUACAAUUUAUAUUGUA